AAAAUUAUUUUGUUACUUUGAAAUUGGAAUCUCAUUUCGACAACUUGCAUUUUUGAUUGAGCAAAUGGGAUUUACAUCAAAAUUGUAGACGUUUUCGUUUUCCUAAAGUUUUUCUGCCUACCAUGACGACCACCGCAAAAUCUCAAAGGAUAAACUUCAUACUCCAUCCCCGCGGUUGCUGCCACGGCCAACCGCAGCAUCAGCCGCGCGUGCAGCUCGUAAUGCAACUAAUAGAAAUGUGUCUUUAGUUCCGUCGCAAAGACAAUCCCCUCCCCGUUCUACAACUUUGCCGGCUAAUACUAAGAACGCAAAGAAUGUAUUGCAACGCACAAGUCAGAAGACAGAAUCAAAAACAGAUAUGAAGGUCAUCUCAAACUCUGAAAAUGAGCACCCGGCGGUGGAUAAUAAUUUUAUGACAACGCCACAAAACACGGAGUCAUUCGUCAUUGAGAAUUACCCCACAGAAGUUGUUGAACAAAUAGAUGCCAUAGACAUUACUGAAGAUCAUGUUACAGAGAGAAACGACAUGAAUACUUCUGAAGUAAGGAACAGUUGUCCAUCAACACCAGCUAUUAGUAGUCGUCCACAAACUCCUAGAAGUCAGCAGUGGAGUCGUCCACAAACGCCACGGGUUCUCAGUCGGCCAACAACUCCUGCUCAAAUGCCCCAACGACAUGGCACCCCAACCAGUCGGCCCAACACUCCGCGCCGUCCAUCCACACCUACGCGGCCGAUUACAACUUACUGUAUGCAAUCGCCAUGUAAUAAGUACCGUCCGGAGUCACCAGUUUCUACAAUUGCUUAUGAAGAUGAUGACAUUAAAUCAACAUUUACUACAAAACACAAACAGUUUCAACGAUUAAAAGAACUUGAUUUGAAACAGCAAGCUGUGUUGGAACUAUUUGACACUCUUAGAAGUUUACGUGAUCGAAUGAUGCGCGAAGGAAUCACUGACAGUGGUGAAGGUCUUCAGCAGCAAGAGCUUGUGGUGUUCAAUGUGGCAGAUUGGGCAGCGGAUGAGAUUGCGCAGCUUUGUCGCGAUGCUUUAGCGUCUUCUAACGCCGAUGAUGCGAUAGAACUGAUCAAUAAUACAUUACCUAUUGAUGAACGCGUUUUGGCUGAAUUAGACGUUAACAUGGAAAAUCUCCCUGCACGCUUUGCCGAUUUAUGUCUCCAAGCAUUUGCAGCCCGCCAAGAAAUUAUCGAGUGGGCAAAAGAACUUAUUGGAAACAAUGAGCAGCUAAAAAGCGUGGGGCUGGAACGUAUUGCUCAGUACAACGCUCAGGGACUUGAGUUAUGUGAAAUACUCAGAGAACUAAAGACUAGCGCUGAUAGUACUGUGGAUACGAUCACUCAACUUUCUAAACGAGCAUGUCGUGAACGAAAUGCAUUAAUUGCUGUAGGCGAAUCACUGGUACGUGAAAUAGCACGGCUUCGACAGGAUAUCGAAGUAAGAACUGCAUUUGGCACUGAACUGCGAGACACCCGUGCCGAUACAGAAACUGCUAAAGCUCUUGAGGAUGCCCGUCACGAAUUAGAAGAAGAGCGAGUUGCAAAAGCUGUUAUUAAAGAUAAAUUGGCAACGGCUGAAUCGCAACUUCGCCAGACUCGUGGUCGUAUAUCUAAAAUGGAUCGCCAGUUACGCGAAGCUGAAGCUAGUAUUUCAAGUCUUACAGGCACCGUGAAGACGCUGGAAGAUCAAAGCCGUCAGAGAGAAGUUCAACUUGAAGCUCGAGCUCGCAAACUGAAAGAAUCUUUAAAAACUGGCGAAGUAGCUAGUGGACAGAUUGCACAGCAACGAGAUGCCCUACAAGCAGAAUUAUUGGAGUUAAAAGAAGAAAUUGCAAUAUUAACAAACCAACAUAAAGCCACGACCCAAGGCUUAAAUAAUCAGAUCAAAGAAGCAAGAAAAGCUCUUGAAAAUGAGCAUGAACAAACUCAAAAACAAAUUUCGAUUAAUGAAUCGGCCCAAGCACUAUUAGAAGAGCGUGAAAGUAAAAUAAAAGAAUUACAAGCAAAAAUAACUGAACUUGAAAACAGUAGACCAAAUCCAGAUCUGCCGACUGAAAGAGAAAUGGAUUUGUGGGCAGAACUACAGGCCACCAAAGAAACGUUACGCACCACGGAAGAUGAAGUGACUGCGUGUAAAAGAGAGAAAGUCCGGUUUUUGGAGACCCUCACAAAAAUUGCCGAAUCCGACAAUAAAGUAGGAAUGCAGCAAAAGUUGGCCGCUGAACUUCUUAGCAAAGAGGAAAUCAUGGGCAAGAUGCAAAUGCAAAUCAGGGAUCUAACGAAGAAUAUUAAAUUAAACGAACAAAAAGUGAUACAAUACGAACAGUAUGUUCGCGAUAUUCAAGCGCAUAAUCGAGCAGUAGCGAAUUGUCAAGAGGCACCAAAUGGUAUCAGCUAUCAAGAUUUGCAGCAGGAGAUUAUGAAUGUAAGAAUGGGACUUUUAGAAGCAGUACACCGCAACGAAGAACUAACAGAGUUAUUAAUGCAGAAAGAACAACAACUCGAGCAGCAAGACAAGACAUCACGUGCACAGGCAAGAGUCAUCAAGGUGCGUGAGGAAUUGAUCAACAUGCUUAAAAAUAAAGAGACAGAACAAAGUCGGGAACUUGCGACUCUACAGCAGGAUCUUGAACAUCGAAUGAAAGUUGUAGAUGAAGUAAACAAGCAAAUAGCAGCAAAAGCGGAUGAGAUUCAAGAAUUGUUUGCUACAUUAGAGAACAAGCAACAACAGAUCCACCGAUUAGAAAAGAUUGUGAUAGCACUGGAGGAACAGCAACGACGUGCGCAAGCGCAACGAACGAGACACGAAGAGAAGAUCGCGGCACUUGAACAUGAAUUAGCUGCUGGGGGGAAUAGGCGUGAAAGGAAAUUCUUAUUUUUCUAAUCAAAAGUACAUGUUAGGACUAAUGAUAAAACUGAAAAUGUAAAGUUUUUAUCAUCACUGUGACUUUUGUAAAACGUUUUGUCAUAUUUUCAUUUUUGUGAGAAAAUAAAUAAUAUAACCUUUUACACAUAAA